AAAAAAGGAAGAAGGAAAAUUUGUUCAACUCACGCCAUUGCCAUCCUUUCGGAAACUUUUCGCGUUUGUUUUAAGCUGCUUUCAUACAGUAGUACUGUGGACAGGAGUUUCAUCAGACAAGAAAUAUUCGCCUCUUGUUUUCAUCCAUGUGAGAGGAUUUACCGGUCGGGCGCACGCGUUCGUCGACAUUUUAUAGGAAACGAAGGGGAAUUUACAUGCUAGUCGUAUUUUAAAAACUUCACACAGACACCAGACAACCAUGUCGACGGCUAUCGGCACAUAUGCGAACAAGAAACGGAAGAAGCCCGUUCAGAAAAUCCCCAAACCCCCACCGCCCGAAGGAGUAAAAUCUAACCCAUCCAAACGGCACAGGGAUCGACUGAACAGCGAAUUGGACAAGCUCACUAACCUGCUGCCCUUCUCAGAGGACGUCCGUGCCCGACUAGACAAGCUCUCAGUUUUGCGACUCAGUGUUGGAUACUUGAAGGUUAAGAGCUACUUCAAUGCCACAAUCAAAAAGACCGGAGGUGGAUGGCUUGGUGAUCGAUCUGGGACGUUUGGAGGAAACGGACAGAUGGCCACCAGUCUGGAUGGAGUCAGUUUUUCAGAAGGGGAUCUGCUGUUGCAGGCUCUCAAUGGCUUUGUGUUGGCGGUCACAGCCGAAGGCUACGUGUUUUACUCCUCUCCGACUAUACAGGACUACCUGGGAUUUCAUCAGUCGGAUGUUGUCCACCAGAGUGUGUUCGAGCUCAUCCAUACAGACGACCGCGCAAUGUUUCGAAGGCAACUGCACUUUGCUCUCAACCCGGAUGACAGCGACAACGGAAUGCAGAGCAGCAGUGACAUCACCAGAGACAUGGUGUCCUACAAUCCUCAACAUAUCCCACCAGAAAACUCUUCCUUCCUGGAAAGAAGCUUUUGCUGCCGAUUUCGUUGUCUUCUUGACAACUCAUCUGGCUUCCUGGCCCUAAACUUCCAGGGAAGGCUGAAAUAUCUCCACGGCCAAAACAAAAUGGCAGAAGACGGGACCAUGGUCCACCCUCAGCUGGCUCUUUUUGUCGUAGCCACACCCCUUCAGCCACCCUCCAUCUUGGAAAUCAGAAGCAAGACUCUGCUCUUCCAAACCAAACACAAGCUGGACUUCACACCCUUGGGAAUUGACACAAGAGGGAAGGUGGUUCUUGGCUACACUGAAAUUGAGCUGUGCAUACGAGGAUCUGGUUAUCAGUUCAUUCAUGCUGCCGACAUGAUGCACUGCGCAGACAACCACAUCAGAAUGAUAAAGACAGGAGAAAGUGGUUUAACAGUCUUUAGACUGCUCUCAAAAGGAGGUACAUGGGUCUGGGUGCAGGCGAAUGCCAGGCUUGUGUAUAAAGGAGGACGACCUGAUUUCAUCAUUGCUCGACAGAGAGCAUUGACUAAUGAGGAAGGUGAGGAACACCUUCGACAAAGGAAGUUGCAGCUUCCUUUCAAUUGCGCCACCGGUGAGGGGGUACUGUACGAGACCGGGCCCACACUGGACAUCACAGAUAUUCAAAAUCAGAACAAGGGUCAGAAGAUGCACAACCCUCCAUCUGUGGACCCAGAUUCUCUACUUGGAUCCAUGCUAAAGCAGAACCCUAGUGUCUACAAUCAGAGCAACGAUCCCAAUUCCCAGUUCAACCUGGACAGGGCCUUUAGGGAUAGCCAUGCCUUGCUCAAUGUUCCUGGGAACACCUGCCAGCCACCACCCCUGAACACGAUGGCUGGGAUAAAGGAAGAAAACAACGUUAAGGAGAUGGUGGAAUCCUUACAACAGAUCAUGGGGGACAGCACUCUUUGUAACAGCAUGCAAGACCUCGAUGUCGACAAUUCGGAGCUGAAGGAAUGGGAGGCAUUUUUGGUCAGGAUAAACCAAAAUAACAUGAUGGAUCUUGAUGAUAUCAUCACCAACGACAUUCUUUCCUACGUCGAGGAUGCUCUUUUCAAGGACAAUGGUAUUCAGCUGCCCGACCAGCUUAAGGGCCAGGAUCCUUUUAUUGAGGUUCCAGAGAUGGACUUGCAGAAUACCUUAACUGCUAACCAGGGAUUCAACGGCCAGCCGGGGAUGCUCUCGGGAUCCCCCGGUCAAGCUGGGUUUAUGGGAAUGAACAUGCAAGAGGUUGUGGAUGCCGGUAGUUCUGGAAGAGGGAUGGCGAAGCUGACUCAUAUUGGGCCGCAGAUGCCAAUUGUACAGCAGACGCUACCUAACAAUACUUUCGCCCAGACGUUCGGACUGGAUCAGACACCCCAAAAGACACCCGGCAACAAUCAAGUUAUGUUUAAUUCUUCUCUUGGCAUGCCGUGUAGCCAGCAGCAGACCCAAGUCAGGCUUGGUCUUCAACCCCAACAGACCCUAUAUGGUGCCGUGAAAGAGAAUGGAAUCACACAAUGUGGCCAGGGAAACAUGCUGGCUGGAAACCAGACCCAUCCCAACACAAUGUCUUUGCCUCUUCAAAACUCUAUAUUGCAGGGCACUGCCACCCAGCCAAUGGCCUUCCACAACCAAAACUCUCUUUCCCAGCAACAAUCGAUAAAUCACAACCCUCAGUGGGUACCAUCCUUGUCCGACACCAAAAGUAUCGUGGAUAGCCUGAUAGACAGUUGUACCCAAAAUGUUUCAGUUGCACAAGAUGCAGGACUGCACUCCUCUGCCCCUACCGCACACUUGCAAGGACAGUUUUCACUUCAUACUCAAAAUGUCGCCAAUCCAGGACUGACCGCCUGGCAGGUGCCCAAGUCCACUCCACAGCAGCUCCCUAAAUCACUGUCCGGUGGACAUCAAAAUAUGACCGGACUCUACGGAGACCCACUCGGACAGUUAAUGGCACAGACAAACCCACAAGGAUUUGGGUCUGGCUUCCUGCCCCAGAAAACCGUCAGUAACGGCUAUCCUCAGCAGGUGGACACGAUUAACAACGGCCCUCAUCCGAUCGCAAACAGCUGCAUGUUCGUAAAUACCCCUCAACCCAGGGUAAAUGGGAUGCAGUAUGGUUCCGCGGAUCUGUCGUCCUGUCAGAUGGCUAAAAGUCUCUUGACCCAGAGUCCAACUCAAGCAUCUUGCUACUACCAAAGAGGACCUAGCGAAUCAAUCGUGGGCUCAUCUGUCAUACCGCAAGAGGACACCAAUAUCAGUCCCAUGGCCUGCCAAGUCCCGCUAGGAUUGACUCCGGAGAACAUCAUUGCUCAGCAGUAUCUCUCCUGCAAUGGCCAGACACAGAUCGCAAGCCGCCCACUGGAAGAGGAAGCAACGUUCCACUUUCCACCACUGGUCAACGGAACUGCCUACUUUUCCGAGAACAACCAAAGCAAUUGCUGUGACUAUUAGACAGAGAUGUCACCCAUGGCGGUGACCGACACAUCACAAGUCUGACAAGCAGCGCACCUGUCUAUAAAAAAGUAUGCAUGCUUGUUUGUCCCUCGAAAGAGAUGCCUCCGCUUCUGAUGAAACUCUUGGCUGACAACCUUCAAGACUUUAGAAAUCUGAGAGCACACUCAACAACCACACUUAGUUUUACACUCACUUUCACAAUCUUUGACAAAUACGCAGCAUUUUUUCAUUUUAAGCAUCGUCCUAUAUAGAUUUCGCUUCGUUUGGUUGUUUUGUUUUGUAUGCAUCACCACUCUGGCAAGAUAAACACUGAGUGAGAGAGAGAGAGAUGUGUGAGCAAGUGUGUAUGUGGCGAGAGAGCCGAGAGUUAAAUUAUGAAGUAUGCAGAAGUAAAGGUGGAACCUUUUAAUUGCGGCAUAGAUUCCAGAGAAAACGAUUCGCGUCGAGCACGAGAUGCUAUUUAUUGGGGUAAGUUUCGUCUCAAAAAGGGAACGGCAAUCUCGUUGGUGAGGAUACACAGGCCCUUUAUAUUGCUACCUAUGCACUUAAGAGGUCCCACCUGUAGACCUUAAACCCUAGUGUUAGCAUUGUACAGUAGCUUAGUCCUUAUAAUCCAGCGAGUGUGUUUUCAUAAUAUGAAUACUCUACUUAUGGCCUGCGGGUCAUUAUUGGACUGCAGGAACAAAUUGCUGAUUUGUUCACAGAAAAAUUAGCCCACAGCUCCGCCUAUUUGGACUUUGCGGACGACGGCGAUGGACUGUGUAGCGUCCGAAUUUUUUAUACGGACGAUUCCGUAAAAUUGUUGGAUAUGAGACGCCAUCGUAUUGGAUAUCCCCGAGAGAGACGGAAACGUGUCACGUUUUCAACAGAAACAAACUUUGUGGCUGCUUUUGUUUUUUUUAUACUGCAGGAUAUUUUUUCUUCAAGGAGUGAAGAUGAUUAGUAAAGACUUCAAUUCCCUUGGACAUCGUGCGUCCUCUCUUGCCACCCUUUUAUUGAUGUUAACCGUAUGUUUCUUGUGUAUUGCAACAAUAACAGAAUGUUAUGAUAUAGAUUCAGUUUUUCUUUUAUUUUUUUGUCUUUUGUACUUUUUUUUAUGCAUAUAAUCAAAAUUAUGAAAAUGCCAUUGAGCCAUUUUUGUUCACUUUUCUGGUUAUAGAUUAUAUAUACGGCCUCGCUUUUUGUUAACGCUUUUGCUUUAAUUCUUAUGAAAGAAUUCUAGGAAUUCUUGAAUCUUGUUACGUGCCAUGACAAUCACACCGGUCAGCUGAUUCCGCCUCCAGACGAAGACUUCGGAAAGGAGAAUUUUGGAGAUUUCGCAAGAAAAAAACUAUAAAAUAUUUGUCAAAGAAAAAGGAUGGGUUUGAUUUUCCAAUUGUUACGACCAAAGUGAAACUAUUUGCGCAUUUUUCCUCUCGUUUCGUGAACGAGGUUUAAAGUUUGUAAGUCCCCAUGUGCCUUAUUUUAGGAGAAUUUUAAAUAGUAAUUUAAUACGAAUUUAUAGCAUUAUGACACAUUUCUCAUAGGUUUGGAAAAAUGACUGUUGGUUGUUUUGUAAAAAAUGAAUCGCCUUCUUUUUGAAAGGCUCCGAUUUUGUAAGUUUAUUUUUUUUAUCAAUCCCGCUUAAUUUACUCGUAGAAACUUGUUGUGUUUUAGACUGUUGUUGAUCUUAGAGAUUGCACUUUCUCUUCUCGGCGAGGACAGAACAUGUGUGGUGUGAUAUAUAUAUACAAAAUCCCCAAGUCAUGCACCCAAAGCUUUUGUCCUUUCAUCAUCUAAAAUAGGAACACCGUGUGCCUUAAUUUCUUUCUCCCCAAGGAUAUUUCAUUUAUUCCCUCCAUUUUCUCUGUCUUUAAAUAAAAUGAUUGUGGCUUGCGGAAGGAGGAACGGAUUUGAAAUGGCAGCUAUAAUUGAAUCUGAGAAGCAAUGUAUUUAACAACUGGUUGUUGUUGUUGUUGUUAGCAUGGACGGAAUCGCUAAUGCUAGUUGACGCUAAUAUGCUACGUGUUGUACAUAGCCUCACAGUUUAAGUUACAGGACACUUACAUUCACACUUAUUUUGUGCUUUUUUAUUUCAAGAUUAGCAACUUUUGUUUUCCUUUUGGUUUUUGUUCGUUAUGAACGCUAACGGAGAUAAGAUGUAUGAUAAGAUGUAAAUACGCGCGUUCUCUAUUUGAUUGCCGGAUGUCUGGCAGCUUAGAGUGGAGGUUAGUAUGAAUACGCGAUUGAUGAUUGAUCUGUUUAGUAGUUUGUACUGUCGAUUUAAGAUCACGCACAAAUAAACGCGACGGAUUGGUUUGCGCCAAUGUGAUUUUUGCGUACCGUAUCGCACCACGUGCGACGCAAUGAACCCCGCCCACAGUAUAAUCUCAUAAUAACUGCAUAUUAAAGGAUCAUUACGAUUUGCAUUGGCUUUAAAUCUGAUAAUGCAGUUUCAUGUUCGCAUUCGUUUUAUAUUGAAAUAAAGAUGCUUAGGCUUAGAUUCGCUACAUUUUGCUUUCAUUUCCCGUUCCCUCAAAGUGCCAUUGAUUAAACCAGAUUUAUAUUUCAUAGACCUCACUAACAGCAUUGAACGCCCCCGUGUGCCAAUAAUCGGUAGCCUUUUGGACACCCAGCUCUUCACCACUAAACUAUACAAGAGAAACAAAAGCACUUAUUCUCGCAUAACGUGUUUGUGAGGUCGCUUCAUAUGCAGUAUCCUUGUCUAUUUGUUGUAUUUUUGUUCGUUUCUGUGCUUGUUUUUUCCACCCAGCAUUGUAAAUGCUUUCACGUGUAUUGUAUAUCUUAUUUUGUACAUUGUUUCGCACAACUUUAAAGUCUAUAUACGUAAAUGGAUGUCCCGCAAAUACAGCCAUAAACAUACAUCUAUAUUAUGCAAUAUAGCUUUUGUUUGUUUGUUUUGUAUUUGUAUUAUCAAAUUGAUUCAUUUUUGUUGUUUCUCUCAAUACUCAUAUCUUUAUAACAUUAAAAGGUGGCCAUUCACUCAAA